CAACUACCUUGCCUACCUGAUAUCCCCGCGACACUGUUGUCCAGCAUCACGCCGCGUCCAGGACCGCCUCCACCACAACGGCAGACCCGAGACCUAUACAAGAUGACCGAGAUAGUGACCAGCCAGACUCCGCCUAUACUCAACGGCCCCUCAGAGAAAGAGCGCAAAUAUGACCGCCAACUCCGGCUUUGGGCGGCAAGCGGGCAGGCGGCGCUCGAAUCUGCCAACAUCCUGCUCGUAAACUCUGGCGCAGGAACUGUCGGCGUCGAGGCCCUGAAGAACCUGGUUCUCCCUGGAAUUGGCCGCUUUGCGAUUUACGACGAUGCCCUUGUCAACGAAGCGGACCUGGGAGUCAACUUCUUCCUAGACGAGAGCUGCCUCGGGAAGUCUCGGUCCCAAUCUCUGACGGCACUCCUACUUGAGUUGAACCCCGAGGUCCAGGGUGCUUGGUUUCCCAAUAGAGAGAACGUGACGAGCCUCGAGUCCUUGCUCGCCCCUUCUCCAGUGUUCACUGCCGUCAUAUAUACUUAUCCCGUUCGGCCAGAACACCUCUCGCUCCUCAAGACAUACAGCCAACUACACAAGAUCCCCUUGUUUGGGGUGCAUUCUGCUGGAUUUUACUCCUAUUUCAAGAUUGGCCUGCCUGGGGCGUUUCCCAUUGUUGAUACACACCCAGACGAGACUGCGACAACUGACCUUCGUUUAUUGACGCCAUGGCCGGAGCUUCUCACAUUUGCGAGAGAUUUGACGAGGGAUAUUGAUAGUCUAGAUCACAUAGAACACAGCCACCUUCCGUAUGCUGUCAUUCUCCUGUAUUAUCUCGACCAAUGGAAGCUCACACAUUCAGAUGUGAGCCCAAAAACAUACAAGGAAAAAACAGAAUUUCGCAAAAUAGUGCAGAGUGCUGCGAGAACCGACAACGCCGAGGGCGGCGAGGAGAACUUUGAGGAAGCAGCGGCGGCUGUGCUGAAGACACUCGUGCCUCCUUCUCUUCCAUCUGGACUCAAGGAGGUCUUUGAGUACAAGAGCAAAAUUCCCGCUGAGGAGAGGUCUGGAUUCUGGAUUAUCGCGGAUGCGGUAAAAAAGUUCUAUGCCGAGCACCAGUGCCUUCCAGUUCCGGGCAAUGUCCCGGACAUGAAGGCGCAGUCAAACGUCUACGUUCAGCUUCAGAACAUUUAUAAAGCCAAGGCCCGCCAGGAUGCCGCCGAAGUGCUGAACACGGUUCGGGCUACCGAAGGCGGCCAAAACAUUGAUUCCGCUGAAGUGGAGCUAUUCUGCAAAAAUGCGGCCUUCGUCAAGCUCAUUAACGCCACAGGAGGGGAUAGCAAUUCCACUGCCAGCACUGGUGACCAUCUGAAGACAGUUGUGGACCAAGAGCUUGAGAAUGACAAGAACGCGGAGGCGAUGAUGAUGCCCCUGUCUCUUUUACCCAUCUACCUAGCCCUGCAGGCGACGUCGCACGUGUCCUCGGCCAACGCGGACGAGAUACUCGCAGAGAUUUCCAAAGUGGUGCCGGGGGCGAUUCAGAACGAGAGGAUGGUCAAGGCCGCUCACGAGGUUGCCCGAGCCGAGGGCGGCGAAUUGCACAACAUUGCCGCGCUGACGGGCGGGAUGGUGGCUCAGGAAAUGAUCAAGAUCGUCACCAAGCAGUACGUGCCCAUCGAUAAUACGUGCGUCUUCGACGGCAUCAACAGCCGAUGCCAGGUCCUGCGCUUAUGACUAGGAGGCCAAAUGGGGGCCGCGCCAUCAGAUGGGGCAAGGGAGGCGAGGCGACAGGCACUCUCCCCAUGGGGUGAGGCAAUAGGUAUUCUACCUGGGGUUUGAUUUUAGGGUUCGUCGGGAAAAGUUGUCGGGCAUGAGGAGACUCUGGGGUAGCAGCGGGGGAUGGAAAAGGAGGGGGGAAGCGUUUAUGGGUGUAGACAGCGACAUGUUGAAUUAGACUAGGCCAAAAGAGCAACUAGCGAGAAGAAGAAUAGACAAGCUGCAUGGCCAAGGUGGACUCUCAGGCUGAGGGGAUUUUCGGCACUGGCUUUG